ACACCAUGGUCCGCAACAAGAUCAUGACCUCGAGCUUUAAAGGACCGGCGCCGGUGCUCCCCGGCCUGGGGCUGCACAGCUUCCACGCCGACUCCCCGCCCUUCGCCGCUGCCGGCGCGGCAAACGACCAUUCCGAGCCUGAACACUUUGCGCUCGGCGAGGCGGCCAACACGACGGCCGUGCUCAACGAGGACGGCGACAUUGGGGACAAUGGGACGAGCGCGACGCUCGGCGCGACGGGCAGCUCGAGACUCGCGCCGCGGAGCGCUGCGCCGAGUGCCGACCGCGGCGCCAGUGCCGCCAGCGGCGGGAGCACAGCAUCGGCGCGCACUGUCCGCGCGCCCGUGCCCCAGCGGGCGUACGUCCUCUCGGACGCCGAAAUCUCGGGAGACGAGGAACGCUCGCGCGCGCGCUCGCGCCGCCUGGUCAGCGGGUACCGCUUUGGUAACCCGCCCUCUCCGGUGACGGGGACGGCGGAUUUCGACCCGGCCGCCGAGCGCGAGCGGCGUUCCGACAGCUCGCCGCACCGCGACAGCCCGCCGUUGACCGAGCCGAGCGGCGGGGACUCGCCGCGGGGUGAAGUCGCGGGCGUCGAGCCCGAGGUUGUCGCUGCUGCCCUUGGUGCCGUGGAGAUUUCCGGUGGCAGUGGCAGUGGCAGCGGCAGCGGCGGCAAGCAGCGCCGCAGGAGCGAGCGGUCGAACGCGGCGUUUGACGCGCUGACCGGGUUGAAUGACGGCGAGGCCGACGCCGACGACCGCGCGCGCCCGGCAGAGGGAUCGUCCCAGGCGUACCUUGCCGGCGAGGCCGACUACCGUUUCCCAAAGCACCGCCUGCGCAAGUCGAUGAAGGACGAGUCCAAGAUCCCGCUCGUUAUCGUGGCCUGUGGAUCGUUCUCUCCGCCGACCUACCUCCACUUGCGAAUGUUCGAGAUGGCAAAGGACGAGAUUGUCGAGUCGCAGACGUACGAGAUCAUGGCGGGGUACUACUCGCCCGUGUCGAGCUACUACAAGAAGGCUGGCCUCGCGCCCGCCGCGCACCGCGUGCGCAUGUGCGAGCUGGCUGUGGAGCACACCUCCACAUGGCUCAUGGUCGACCCGUGGGAGGCCGGCCAGCCAGAGUACCAGCGCACAGCCGUCGUGCUCGACCACCUCGACGAGAUGCUCAACGGGGAGGAAGGGGGUGUUGUGAUGGCCGACGGCAGCAGGCGCAAGUACAAGAUCAUGCUGUUGGCGGGCGGUGAUUUGAUUGAGAGUUUCGGCGAGCCGGGUGUUUGGAGCGAGCCUGAUCUCCACCACAUCCUCGGCCGCUUCGGCUGCCUCAUCGUCGAGCGUACCGGCUCCGACGUCUGGGCCUUCCUCCUGUCCCACGACAUCUUGUAUCAGCACCGACGAAACGUCAUUGUCAUCAAACAACUAAUCUACAACGACAUUUCAUCCACAAAAGUGCGCCUGUUUGUCCGCCGUGGCAUGUCGAUCAAGUACCUCCUGCCAAAUAGCGUCAUCCAGUAUAUCCACGAGCACAAGCUGUACCGGGAUUCGGACCGCAAGGCGAUUGCGAGGUGACACACGCAUGGAGUUUUAUCAUCGUAGAGACUUGUACUAUUAUGCGAUUGUGCGACUGCUGCCUGAGAUGUGGGUUGCAUGUGUCUAUCUGCUACAGUGAGGCGACUCUUGGCGCGGCAUAUCUCCGCAAAGUAUACAGCCCGCGCGCUACCUCCGCACAAAGUACAAUGUCGCGAGCGUCGCGAUCGCAGCGCCAGUGACCAAGCCGCCGGCACCAGCAGCCCACAGGCCAGCGGCGCCGUGGAGUGCCUUUGUCGCGCGCGCCGAGAGGCCACUGCCGACGCCGACAGCCUCGGGCCCGAGCACCUUGUUCUUCUCCCACCCGUCAUCCAGCAGCCUCUUCCUCACACCCUCGUCCUUCAUCGCGCCCAUCUCGCCGAGCGUCCAGGCAUCGCAGGUGCCGAUCAUCCAGCGCAUGCGGCGCUUGCUCAGCUCUCCGCCGACACCUGGGGCGCGCUCGCGCAGCUCGGUGCGCAGCUUGCCGACGCCGUCGAUCGCGUCCUCGACGUUGUCCGGGAUGGCGUCGGCCACGAGGUCGCGCACAAUGACCGCGAUCUUUGGGCCCGCGCCGCUGGUCGACACCAUGGCCUGCAGGGGCCCACGGCGAACCUGUGCGCCAAAGUAAAAGUCGCAUUCGGGCGGCACGUCGGCGACGUUGACGGGCGUGCGCGCCUCGCGGGCAGCAAGGCACACUGCGCGCGAGAGCGCGACGUCGUCGACGGCAGUAAGCACCAUGUCGUAGUCGCCGACGGGCAGCUCGUCGUCGGCGCUCACGUUGCCGCCCUCGCUCGACCCGUACGACCUGUCGUGCCAUGUGAUGUGGUCGGGCUCGGUGGCGACGCGAUACGCGAUGGACGGCUCGAGCGGGCCAGGAGACACGAUGGUGACGUGCGCGCCUGACUGGAGGAGGAAGCCGAGGCGUGAGGCCGCGACGGCGCCGCCGCCGAUCAGGAGGACGCGCCGCCCGUCCAGGCGCCACGCGAGGAGGAGGGACGCGCCGCGCUCGAUCGGGGGGUACGAGGGCUCUGGCUUGGACAUUGUGGUUGAGUAAAACACAAAGAAGAAGCGUGAGA